AUGAAAGUUGCUUUUACUUUAUAUUUUUUAAUUGUUUUUGUUUCAUUUGCUUCAUGUGAUAUCUCUGCAUUAUUUGGUCCUGAUAUUCAAAAAAAAAUUGAUGAAGCUAUUCCACAAGAAGCAAGAAAAUUUUAUAAUGAUUUAACUGCAAAGGAUAAAAAUAUUUUUUCAGAAAUUAUUGGUAGAUUAAAUGAGUUUAAUCAUUCUAGUGAUAUUUUACAUGCACUUGAAGGAAGAUCUUCAAUUUUAUAUAAAAAGGCAGAAGGAAUGAUAAAUUGGUAUAAGGAAACUUAUGAUGGUUUAAGUGGUAAAGCAAAAGAAUUUGUUUCUGAGAUUAUAGAAACAGGAAAAAGAAUUAUUGGAGGUGGAAUAAAUUUACAAAAUAUUAAAUUAGAACUUAACAAUCUUAUAAAUGUUUAUCGUCGUCUUCCAGAUUAUGUUAAAGGAGAACUUGAUAAUACUUUUCCUAAAAUUUCUGCUCUAGUUCAUAAUGACAUUCUAAGUACAAUGGCACGAUCAUUACUUGGAAUAGGUAAUGAUGAUCUUUCUAAUCAAGAAUCUAAUGAUAACGAUGACGUCAUCCGCCCAACAACUAAUAAUAUUAUUAAUCCAACUGAUAAUAGUAAUGGUGAUGAUUCACAGAAAAAGUCAGAUAUUAAAACUACAUCAUCACCUGAUAACAAUGAUAAAACAAUUCCAGGAGAUGAUAUUGAAGAAGCAGUUGUCAAAAAAGAAAUUGACUUAAGAAGAUAUAACAGAAUAUAA